AUGGGGAGCGUACAAGGAUCGCGAGAGGACGAUGCUCAAGGAAAGGCAUGUCCCACGGAUCCACCGCAAGAGACAGACAAUGAAGGCGACGAGUGGAAAACGGCCUUUAGGACACCCUAUGGCCACUAUGAGUACCUCGUCAUGCCAUUCGGACUUACGAACACGCCGGCAACGUUCUAA